AUGGGAGCUUUCACAUCUGGGCCUUUGAGUCUAUAUGUUGAGGGAUUCGAUAAUCAAUGGAAUGAUAAGCAAAUAAACAAUUUUCUGAAGCAUUCCUGUGCAAUAGAUUAUUCAUAUUUACAACGCGAUUCUGAUAAAAAACAUUUUAUCAUAAAAUUUGAUAACCAGGAAGAUCUGUUAAACGGAACAGAAAAGCUUAAGAAAAUAAGGAUUAAGAACGAUGGCCUCAAAAUCAUUAAAAUCGGCAAAGAUAUCCAAGAGGCAAGGAAAAAGAUGAAGGAGCUCAGCACUGUUUACGAAGUUAUUCCGACUUCGGACACAGAAAUUCUAACUCCAUUCGCUAAUAUUCCGUAUCCUGCUCAAAUCAGGACAAAAGAAUUGGCGACUAUGAAAGAAAUAUCCAGUUUAUUUAAUACUCAGUUCCCUAAUAUAACUGUUUUACCUUCUCCAUUACUAAAUUUCUUUUGUAAUCGCUGUGUUCUCAGCAUUGGUUUUAAUCAAUCAAAUCAACCAGAUAUUGGCUUUAUAAGUGGAACAAAAUCUGCUCCAUUCAUAGUACCCCUACAAAACACAUCAUGUUUUCCCCUAGAAGUAUAUGAAAUAGUCAAAAUAUUCAAAAAUAUAAUUUCCCAUACCAAAAUAAUGCCAUAUGAACGCCUCACAGGCUCAGGAUAUUGGACAGCAUUGAAUAUACAAAUAGCUGAAACAGGAAAUAUAAUAACUAUUGAAUCCCAUAAGGAGAUACCAAAAGAUAUCCAAGACCAACUAACUUCUGCCUAUGAAUCAUACGAAAAUCUUUGUAUAGUAUCUAAGAAUAUCCUAACAAUCCUCAAAGGAUCCCUUACUUUGCAUCAAAAAAUAUAUGAUAUAGAUUUUAAGGUCAAACAAUCAAUAUAUUUACCACCAAACAUAUCCGCAUUCCAAGAGUUUAUUAAGUAUUUGAAUGAAAUGAUCCAUGUGCUUGGAAUCGAAGAAUUAAUCUCUUUGAAUUCAAAUUACGGAUUUUUAUCACUCUGUUUGCAUGAACAUGUCAAAAAGUUGACCUGUGUAGAUAAUGACAACCAUGCCAUCGAACAUUCAAAGAAAACUGCGAAAAAUAAUCAAAUCGAAAAUGUCGAGUUUGUCAAUGACUCAUCCGAUGAUAGUAUCGUUAAUCUACUUUCAUCUAAGGACCUCUUCAAGACUGCAGUUCUUAUUGAGUACAGAAAAGCUCCAUCAUUUUUAGAUUUGAUUACAAACGUUUUCAAUUGGAGACCAAUGUAUGUGAUCUUGGUCGCAGAAGGAACAACAUUUCCAAAGGAAUUAUCCUUGUUUAAAGAAGGAUACACGCUAUUUGACACAAUUUUGUGCGAUAUGACACCUCAUACUCGAAGAGCAUUGUAUUGCACAAUUCAUCGUCUUGAUCUCAGCGAAAUUUAA